CAACCCCGCAGCUAAACCCCCGAAUUUUGCCUUCUUCUGCAUCCCUUACCAUCCGAGUCAUCAAAUGGUCUUGAAGCUAGCGGGAAGCCCCGCGCGUACGAUGAUGCGUUGCCCCACCAUCCUCGUUCCGCAGCGGAUGUGCUACGACAGAGUGCCGGACGGCCAGAGGGUAAUUGAGCCGGUCACCUUCGAGAUGUGCAGCGUGCGCGACUCGCCUCUGCCCACAUACAGCAUGCGCGACUCGAUCAACUGGCCGGAACCCGACAUGCUCCAUCCCGACAUCAACGAUCUCAUCGCCGGGUCGGGCGGAAGACAGUUUGGUAUCAAGCUCUUCAUCAUGUGGCCCGGGUACAACCUCCACAUCGAGGCAAUCUCCCUGCUUACGCCCGAUGGCAAGCAAUGGUUGUCACGCGCCGGCCUGCAUCGCAAGAUCGCUCGAGCGUAUGAAGCAUUCUUUCUGAGUAUCCAGAAUUUGAAAACGAUCUCAAAUCCAGCGAAACAGGAAUGGGCGACAUAUUUCAAGCAGAUGUGGAGCUGA